AUGCGUCACAUUCAUAUCAAGCCAAAUAUCAACAGCAGCAGCAGCAGUAACAAAAGCAAUGUCAGUAGCAGCGGUGGUUCGAGUAGUAGCAGUUCGAAACAAUUGACUAGUAUCACGCAGAAAUCUGGGAGCGGCGGCGGCGGCGGCGGCGGAGGUGGCGGCUCUGCAAAAAGAAUUCAAAGUGAUACGGUUAAUAAAACGUCGCAAAAAAAAAAGAAACAGAAAGAGAAAAAUUUGACGAAGGUGAAGUGUUUAAAGGUGAAAAAAUACGUUAAAAAAUCAUCGGACAAAGGAAACAAAUCGGAAAAGGGAAAGAAAAAAAAAUACAAAUGUAAUGUCGUGACGAAAAAAACGAGCAGCGUGACCGUCGUGAAAAAAAUCAAAAAACCAAAUGAAAAAUUGAAAAAAUUAAAAUUGAAAACGAAUAAAAAAACUACUGCUGGUGGUGGUAGCGGUGGUGGCGGUGGCGGUGUUGUUCCUCCUUCUUCAUCUAAGAAAACCGUGAAAAAGUGUGGUAAAGUGUCGGAUAACGAUGGUCCUCCGACGUUGUGCGAGACUUUCAGUCGAAUCACGACAAUGGUCGCGGAAACUGUCAUAAAUGAAAAAGAAAAUCAAAGAUUGACGGAGAGUUUGAUGGGAAAAGUCAAAAGGGAAUUGGACGGUUCGAAUUCGUCGAAAAGCAAAGGAGGAGAAACGAGUUCGUCGGUCGAAGUGACGAAAUCUAAAAAAUCCGCGUCGACCGAAACCGAAGCGUCGAAAAUAAAAGUAUCGAGCAAAAAGGGAGGAGACCCGGUUAAAAAAUUAAAAGGAGGAUGGAAAAAGACUAAAAUAAAAAAAAUGAAAAGCGAACCGAAAAAGAACAAGAGCGUAAAUAAUAACAAUAAUAAUAAUAAUAAUAAUAAUAAUAAUAAUAAUAGUAAAAAAACGAGUGAAAAACCAACUUUGGACCAUACGGAAAAUUUAAUCAAAGUAUUGAAAGAUGAAGAAAUUUCACUCGCUUUCGGAAAAGGGAUCGGAACGCGGAGAAAAUCCACGGCGGGAUCCACGGACACGGAACACAAAUCCGAAAAUCCAGACUCGGGUAAAACCAAAACGGAAAUGACGAGUCAAAAAUCGGAAAAAUCGAAAAAAAAAAUGACGGGAAAAACGUUGAUGAAAAAAACGACGGCCGUCGUUAAAAAGGAAAAGGCAAAAUCGAAAAUGACGGAAACGCAAUCGUCGAAAAAAUCCAACGAAGAUGGGAAAAAGAGUUCGGACAAGAGUAAUAAAGAUGAUCAGUCGUCGACGUCGAAGGAAAACGUUCAUAAAAGUUCGGCGACGAAAAAAGAUUCAAUUAAAACGAAGUUGCCUUUAAAAAAGAAAACUGUCGGAAAAGUCAUGCAAAGUCAUGCGAAGAAAAAAGUUUCACUCAAAGGUGCCAAAUCUCCCAAAUCGAAACAAAUCGGAUCAGAAACGGACGGUUCUAAUUCCGACGAAUUGACUCUCAACAUACUUCAAAAGAAAACGAAAAAAUCAAAAUUGGAUGCCGAGUCGAACGGUAAAGGAGUCAAAUUCGAAAAUGAAAAUAGGAUUAAGAUCGAAGACAAAAGCGACGAUUCGGAAAAGAUUUCCAAAAGUAAAAAAGUGAGUAAAGUUAAAAAAGAAGAAAAGGGUGAAAAUUCGAAUAGUUUUUAUAAAAAAAAUGUAGAAGGAUCCGCUGGGAGAGACAAAAAAAUCGUCAUAAAAGAAACAGAAGAGUCCGACACAGAUGAAGACAUGGAAUUGAAAAGGAUAAUGGCUAAGAAACUUGGAAGGAGCAUCAAAACCAUGCCCGAUGCGAAAAAGAAAAAAUCCGAUACGCCGGGAAAAACGAGUCACGAUCCCGAACAGAGAGCCAAAAGGUUGAGACUUUUCGGAUUUUGGAGCGGGCCCAAAAGGCACAGAGUUGCGAGUCUUAACGCUUUGGCAAAAGUUCAUUGCUUGUACGAGAACGAGAGCAAAGGUGUUUUGGCCGAAAUCGAAAAAUUGGCGCAAGUCAUGAAACCGGAUGAGAAAAAAGGAGAUAAAAAAGAUGGGAAAUCGGACAAGAAAGGAAUGACCGGAAGGAAAUCAUCGGGAAAAGAUUCCGAGAGUGAGAAAAUCGACGGCGUCGUGGUGAAUAAGAGAAUUCUGAGAGGAACGCCCGGAACUAGGGGAGCCGGAAAACAUUGGGAUAUGUUCGCGGGUGAUUCGACGACUUCUCUGUCGUCGGUUUCGUCAGACGAAAGUCACAGCGACACGGAUAAACCGAAAGAAAAGAAAUUGCCCCUUCAGCCGAGCUACCGUCAAAAAAUGUUGAAAAAAGAAAGCGAGAACAAGCGAGACAAUUCCAAAACUCGAAAACGUCGGAGAAACAAUGAAAUCGGCCUCACGAUGGAUUUAAAAGACAUGGUCGUGAGAAAGAGGAUGGCGAGUUUAAACGCAUCGGCCAUACUCGCAGCCAGUUAUUCGACGGAAAAAAGAUCCGGUAGAAAAGACAGUUCGGGAACUUCGACGGAAGACGCGUCGUCGUCGAACGAAGACAGCUACCGAUAUUCCACGGACGAGAGAGAAAGUGCCGGAACCGGAAAAAGCACGAGUAAAAAAUCAACGGAAUCGGAUAAGCAAGGAGAAGGGAAAAACAAAGAAUCGGAAUCGGGGACUCCGACCGAAUGCGUCGAGUACAGGCACAAGAAACAUUUUUGGAAAACGAAAGUCGAAAGUCUCAAGAAAACAUCGAAGGAAAAGAGAAACAGUCCGAGUCCCAUACUCGCGGAAUUCGCAUUGGAAAAAGAUUUGUCGACGAAAGUUUUCGAAAAGGAAAAAAAUGACGAGAUAAACGUGGAUAAAGAAAAGGAUAAAGUCGGAAAAUUGGGAUAUCCGCCGAAAAAAUUCAUCGACGGAAAAUUAAAGGGUAAAACGGGAGAUGGAAAGUAUAAAAGCGAAACGAUCGAAUUGAUGUGCGGAAAAGACGAUAAGAAAAAAUAUUUGAAAAGAAAAUUUUGCGAGGAAAACAUGAAAAACAUAAACAUUGAAAAAAUGAGCAGCGGAGGAAAGGAAAAGACUGACGAAUACGAGUAUAAAAGUGAUUCCGAUAACGGUCAAAGGAAAUUAAUAGAACUCAGAAACACGGGGGGUUCGAAUAAGAAAGUUGCCGUCAUAGUAAACCAAGACACGGACGUCACGAUAACGGGCGUGUACGUCAACAGCACUCGGAGCACUCAUCACGAGGGAUUCUGCAGCAUUGCCGGAAUGCAAUACAGGAUAUCGAGCACGAGUCACACGCAAACGGAAGCGACGGCCGUUCUCAAAACGAGUACGGCUUCCGAACAGACGCCUCCGCCGACGGAGCCCACGAACUGUUCAUCGCCGAGAAUUCAAAAAUCCUACACUCCGCUGUCGGCUCUGUCGAACAUGCAACCCCCGGCUGGAGCUCCGCCUCACACGCAUUUGCCUCCUCCCCCGCAUCAUCACCAUCAUUUGUGCGGAAUCGGACAACAUCGUCCGCCUCCGGAUCAUUACAUGAGCCACGGUUCGAUUUCUCACCAAAGACCCAUGUCAAUAUUGAGCAGACGACACGGAUGUUCGAGCGCUUUCACGGCUCCUCACUGUUCGUCACAUCCCGCACCGGGUGGUUCUUUAUCUCCGGCAUCGGACGGCGAAGGAUUCGGAUCUCCACUUCCGUCUCACGAGCGAUUGACCCGUGCCGUGAGAAAUCCUUUUUAA